UUGAAGUUGGUCUAAAGUCUUCUCUUUCUGACAGAUACUUUACUUGUGAUCCACCAGGCUGCUGCAAGGAUGGUUCCAUGUGCAUCCUUUGCACUCGACGAUGCAUCUGUGUCUCUGCCAUCGCUCUGCUUAUAGUUGGCAUCAUAGCUAUUAUCAUUGCAUUGGUUGUUACUGUUGGAAUCCCUCCAUCUACAUCAGUAAAUCGCUUGUGUAUUACUACCAAUAAUCAGACAGGCUUUUUAUGCGAUAACAGAGAGGCCUGUAUUCCAGCCAGCCAGGUCUGUGACCAAAGAAGAAAUUGUGCAAAUGGGGAGGAUGAGCAAGAGUCAUUGUGUGGUGAUUUGCCCAACAGCCUUCCAGGAUACCUCAUAUUUUAUUGCAGCAACCCCAAGUUUUGGAUCUAUGCUGACAAAAGAUGUAAUGGGAUGAAUGACUGUGGAGAUUGCUCUGAUGAAACAGGGACCUGGGCCAGUUGUCCUGCUUGUGGGCCUCAGUGGUGGAGAUGCACAUUGGUAGUCUUCCAUGAUUACUGUGCCUGCAUUCCCAGGAGUUUUUGCAGAGAUGGCGUACAGCACUGUUCAGACUGGUCUGAUGAAUAUAUCUGCUCAAGAUAAGCAGCC